AUGAGUGAAACACCUUCAAGCAGUUACUCGGUGAAUCAUCCAAACUCCUCUGAGAGUGAGCAGAGUUUAUCCACGCGCCAUUUCAAUGUUACUGAGCCUGUCGUGGCAAAACGGAUUUGUUUCUAUAAAAGUGGAGAUCCCCAGUUUAAUGGAAUCAAAAUGGUAGUUAAUAGCAGGUCUUACAAGACAUUUGAUGCAUUGCUGGAUAGUUUAUCCAAACGGGUCCCUCUACCUUUUGGAGUAAGGAAUAUUAGUACACCAAGAGGGAGACACAACAUCACCAAUUUGGAGGAUCUGGAAGAUGGAAAAUCCUAUAUUUGCUCCCAUCAGAGGAAAAUGAAGCCCAUCAACCUGGAGCAGGCGAGCAAAAAGCCACUGCCCUGGCAGAUCAGCAGGCCCGUCAGCGCUCGCCGUCGAGCUGUGCAAUUAGCAAGGCAGAAUGAAGAUGGGUUUGGCCACCGAGAAAGCAGAAUUACAACUCCCAAAAAGAUGCUUGUUUUCAAAAAUGGGGAUGUAAAACUUAGACGCACCAUAGUUUUGGGAAAGAAAAAUACACAAACAUUUGAGGCCUUUCUGGAUUAUAUGAGUGAGUUAAUGCAAUAUCCAGUUGCAAAACUCUAUACCACUGAUGGCAGAAAGGUUCCUAAUCUUCAGGCCCUGAUAUUGUGCUCUGGAGCUGUAGUCGCAGCAGGGAGAGAGCCUUUUAAACCAAGCAAUUACGAAUCUCUUGGGUAUUUGAGGCCUGCUAAACUGCUUGGAAUUGGAAAUCGUGUGUACCCAAAAGCAAAUGCCAAGUCAGAAAGUGAAAAGAUGAGAGCUGAAGUGGACUCUAGUUCAAGAUCUCACAUAUUCUCAGUUUCUUCUGAUAAAGAAUCCAGCAAUGAUAACAACUCAAAUGAUAACAACUCAGAUUCUUCCUAUGUUCUUGACAGCCAAAAUGGGAUAGAAGGAAAUCAGUCAGUUAUUAGUGAAGACUUAUCUGUGGCACAGUAUCAAGAUGACAUUGAGAAAUCUGUUCAUGUUAAUCAAGAUGGCAGUAUCACAGUGGAAAUGAAAGUUCGAUUCAAAAUUAAAGAGGAAGAAACCAUUAAGUGGACAACCACUGUAAGUCGUUCUGGCCUUUCCCAUGACAAAAAAAUCUCCAUUUGCAAUUCUUCUGCAAUGAAUGUGGAAGACUGCUCAUCUGAUGUAAAUACAUCAGACUGUGUAAAUCCAAAAGAUGCUCCACUUUUGAAGAGCUGCAAUAAAGAAGAGGAAGACUCAUUAGAGCAAUCCAAUGAGGGAAUGUCUGACAAAGAAACAGAAUCUGAUUUGAAAACUGCUGACUUUAGUGUCUCUGAGAAGAACAAUUCUGCAGAUUUAGAUGUAGCCAAUGUACCUGAGGAAAAUAUGAAGGCUCGCUUUUAUACGCCUCCCACCCCUGGGCCAAGGCAUGUUAGACAAAAGAAAGCAGUAGUUGAAAGUGUCACCUUGGUAUCUGAGAAAGAGGUUCAAGAGAAGACAAUAGGACAGUUUUCCUACAGUGAGGAAAUAGAGAAUGGGGAAAAAACAUCUGAGUAUUGCAUGCUAGCUCAUUCAAGCAGAAAAAAGUCAAGUGUCAGUAAUCCAAAGUUUAAUGAGAUGAGUGACAAUGCUUUAUUAAAGCUUUCAUCAGAAAAUAUAAAAGAAGAAAUGCUUGUGAAAGUAAGCCACAAAAGUAGUGAGUUAAUAGAAACCACAAAUAGGAAGACAUUAGAAGUGCCUGGUGGGGAUGAAUUGGUACAGGAUAUAUUGGAAAAAUCAGUGGGACAAGGUGCAUAUAGUAGUUUAGUAUCGACCUCCGAAGCUAACAUCAUUGGUUUCAUGCCAUCAUCAAAAACUAACCAGGCAGCUAGGCCAGGUACAGCAGAUCACAUCCGUAAGUCAUAUGAUAUUAAACAAAUAAAAAGAUCAGUGAGUUCUUUCAUUACAUAUUCAGAAUUAUGUCAAUCAAAAGAAGAAUUAAUAUGCCAAGCUGCUGAUUUAAUAGCUGAUUCUCAAGAUCCAGUGCAUUCAGCCUGUGCUGGACAUAGUCAGAUCAAGAUGGUGGCACCUCUAUGUAGUAAGAGUCCUGCUGAGAACAUAAAUCCAACAACUGAAUUCUUUCCUACUGUUACUGAAAGUGAGAAUCAAAUCUGUGCCAAGACUGAAUCUGUGAUGACAACACUCAUUGAGGACAGCCAGUCUACAUCAUCCCUCACCAAAAAGAAGAAGAAGAAGAAAAGAAAAUCACCCAGCUUGCUAGAGCAAGGUACAUAUGAAAAUCAAAUGCAUCAAGAAAUUUCAGAGGUAAUUAAAAGUGAAGGAUUGCACAUCACCCAGGAUUCCACAACAGAGGCUAUGGAUAAAUAUUCUGAAAUGCCUCAGAACCAAGGAUCUGAAUAUUUUGCAAAAAACAAUGGUGGGUCUGCCAGUUCAGACAAAACCAUAUAUCCUGAAGAUGAGUUCUAUCACCAGGAUUCAGUGGAACAAAAUGGAUCAUCAUCAUCUAAUAAAAAAAAGAGAAGUAAUAACAAGAAAUUAGCCAAAAUAAAAUUGCAGUCAGGCAAAAAAAGUAGUAUCAUUUCAUCUGCAAAGAGUGAAGCUGGUCUAAUGGCAGCUGAUUCAAACAAUGAAUCCGAACACAGUCAGGAUACACUUAGUAUUGAGAAAGAAGGUGCACAUCUUAUAACCAAUUCUUUAGAACCAACGCCUAACUCAUCAGUGACUUCAAAGCCAUUGUCAGAAGUGCCAAAAAGUCUUAGCUUUGAAAAAGAAAAAGAAAAUAAUAAUUCAGAACUUUUGCUGUCAAAGAAAGAGAAAAAGCAAAAGACAAUGAAGAAAAAUCCAGAUAAAGGCGUGAAUAAGAUGAAUAUACCAGAGAGUGCCAUUACACUAGAAGCUCUAAACCAGGAGGGCUUUCAAGAGGAGGUUGAACAUUCACGUGAAAACUAUAUCCAAACUUGGCUGAAAAAUUCAUUAUCAAAUUCUGUCUUACCCCCUAUAAAGAAAAAAGAAGGGACUGUAGAGAAUAGCAAUGGCUGUUCUUUUCCUAAAGAAAAUAGUGAUGCUUCUAUAGAAAAAGAAGCUAGAUUUAUCACAAAUAAUGUGCAUGUAACUGGAAAAAAACACCUACUUGAAGAUGAUCUAACAAAAAAGCCACUAAAGCCUAUUGGUAAAUUGAGAAUUUCAGAAGACUCAGCCAAAGAUUCAGAUGAAAAACAAACUGACUCUCUGAUUCAUUCUAAUACAUCUAUAGUAGAAGAAACCAAGUAUUCACUAAAGUCAGAAUUUCACCAGGACAGUAAGCUACAUUUGCUUCAUGAAGCACAUGACAAUGAUAGGAAGAUGGCAGAAGCUGACAUUCAAGUUACCAACCUAUGUCAAAGAAAAAGAUCUGAAGUUGCUGUUCAAGCUGAUUGCACAAUUGUUAGUGAGAGAAUAGGAAUUGAAGUUCAGAAUAAUUGCAUGUCUAGUAUGUUGCUGCAUGAACUGCAGUCAGCUUUGCUUGGUCUUCAGAAAGAACACAGUGGAUGCAUUGGAAGAUCUUGCAGCUUUUCAGAUCUUUCUCCUGCAGCUUUUGGUUCUUCCUCCAAUGCCCUCCUAGCCUGGCUACUUUUACUGAAUCUGAGAGAGAGUUUGAUUGGGACAGUCACAGAUGAUAUGCAAAAAAAUGCCUGUAGCUGUUCUGAAAUAUUUACACAGUUAAAAUGUCUGAAACAAACUGUGGCUAUAGAACAAUCUGAUGAGCUGAAGGCUGUCUUCUCACAUCUCCAACAAUCAACAGAAAAUAACUUAUUACACUUAAGGAAGGAACUUGAAAAGCAGGACUUCACACGUGAGAAUAUGCCCAUAUCUGAAAUUCCGAAUGAUAUACAUUUGCAUGGACAUGGAGUUGAGCCUUGCAUUGCGAUGGACAGUGUCCAUUCUGAAGAGACUCUAAAAUUAGCUGGGGAAUCAGAAAGCUGUUUUGAUAUAGAGAGGGAUCUUCACAAAGAAACAGAGACUUUAGACAUGACUGCUCCCAAAACACAACUAGAUGGUCAAUAUGCUAAUACUAAUUCAAAUACCUGUAGCCUUCCAUCAGCUGUAGAGACGCCAGAAGGAAAUGAAGAAAUGCCUGAUAGCCUAUAUGAAAAAAAUCAAGAUACAUCAUUUAUAAAUGAAGAGUCAGAAUCUUCAGUAGAACCUAAUUCCACAGUUCAUAGUGAAAGUUCUAAUGAUAACUGUAAUGAUAAUUACACUUUAGAUCAGGAUACUUCUGAGUUAGAAGGUGAAAAAGGUAUUGUAUCUGUUACUACUGAUAAAAGUGAAGAUGAGGCUGCUGGUCCAAAGUCAGCAGAUACAGACAAAGCCCCAGAAAACCAGCUUAUGUUAGAUGCUGAAACCUCUAUAGAAUAUAAUAAUGAGGAUUAUUCUGUACAGGGCGACAAGGAAGAUGCAGAAAUAUCUGAGGAAACCUCUGAGAGGUUAUCUACAGUCUCUCCAUUGUCAUUUUGUUAUGAAUCGAAGCAGAUUACAGAAUGUGACAUGACUGAAGGAGAACUGAAAUUGCAAGUAGAAGAACUGGAGAAUAAAAUGUGUUCUGACACCUCUCAAUUUAAAAAAUGCUUAAAAAGUCCUGCUACUUCAGACUGGUCAGAUUACAGACCAGAUACUGAAGACAGUGAUUAUAACUUCAGAGCAUCCAGUGACUUGACCAAUGAAAGUGGGGAGGAAGCACUUGAAAAACAUUAUAAUACUGGCUAUGUGAAGAGAACUAUUGAAAGACUCUAUGGCAAGACAGAAGCUUCAUUUAAGCCCGACUUUCACACAGGAUUUCCUUACACAUCUAGAGUAUUUCAAGCAGAUAUUGGAGGAUUCCACUCUGCAGUGGGGGAAAAAAUAAUUUAUUUUUCUCAAGAAUCUAUGUCUUGUUGUGCAGAGAAAUUGUCACAUUCUUCAUUACCAUCCCAAGAACAUCCAGUAAAAGUAAACAAAGAUGACAGUAUAUCAAGAAGAGAAAAUACUCCUUUCCCAACACCACAGUCUACUCUUAAAAGAGAAGAUACAAGUUCUACUAAUGACUGUUUAGGGGAAUCUCCAAAUCCACCUUGUCAACCUAACAUUCAGGCAAGUGAAGAUGAAGGAAUAUUAAUAGAUAAAGGCAAAUGGCUUCUGAAAGAAAAUCAUUUGAUAAGAAGAUCACCACCUGAACGGACUGGAAUGUAUGGUAAUUUGGAUACAACAUCAAUUGAAAGUGAUGAAGUUCCAUACUCUCACUUUGGCAAUCUGGAUCAGUACCCCCCCCUUAAUGAGAUCCCUUCUUCAGAACUUGAAGACAUGGUAAAACCUCCUGAAAAUUUUUGCAGCUACUUCAAUAUGCCUCAUAAUAGUGAUUCAGACCCCUUUCAGGAUGAGUCAAAUACAAAAAGCAAACCUAGUCGCAAUGGUAAGGUCCUUCCUGCACCAAACAAAGACAAGUCCAAUCCAUCAACCAUAGUAGGUUCUACUUCCAUGCAGGCUGACACCAAUUUUCCAGCCUUUUCAUCUGUAGAAUUUAGAUUGCCUGAUAACAAGGUGCAUCCAUUGGAAAAGCCUUCAAAUGCUGUACCCAUACAGUCUCAGCCAACUAAUGUUAGUAAUGUUGAUAGAAGUGAUCUUCAUGAAGAAGAUUCUCUGGAUAGACUCCAUGCAAUAUGUGGCCAACAUUGUCCAAUACUGAUGAUAACAGUAAUACCAGUUAAUGAGGAGCAGAGAGGAUAUGCCUACCAAAAGGAAUCUGAUAUUGAGAACCAGCUGGGUCCAUAUUUGUUGGCCAAAAAGAGCAAACAUUUAGAAUGGUCAGGUCAAGACCUGACAGACAAAAAUAAUUAUGUGACUUUGAAGAAUAACUCUAUCAAUAAGAUUGCCAAUAAUAUCUUUAAUAGGUUUUAUGCUGAGAACACUUUAGAUUUUAUUAGUAAUUUUGGAAUACUUGCAUCCUCAACUUUGAAGGACAAAAAUAUUUCAGGGGAGUUACAUAUUACAGAAGAUAUGAAUGUAAACUCCACGGAAGCCAGAAAUUGUCAAAAUAGUGCAUCCAAACACAUACACAGUGAUCUUGUCACAGGCACAAAUACUGAGCUACCCAAUGGAAAGACAAAAAUAUGUCAAACCUUAAGAAUAAAUGUAAUUUAUAUUGUUGGAGAAAAUAAUUCUCCCAUGUUGGCAGAUCCAGCAGAAACCUGUCAUUCUGAAACAUUUCUGAAGUGUGACACUUCCUUAAAUAGCAUUGAACAUAAAGCCUCUGAAAAUCUGAAAAACAAAAAUGCCUUUCCUACGGAAGAAGAAGACAAAGAAGAAGUAGUUUGCUCUUCUACAAUGAGCAGUCAAAACAGUAAAAAUGAGAAAGACUUGUAA